CUUUGUGUACGCAUCACAAGGUAUCCAAGGGCGGUUUGAGAUAUGCAAACUACCGUUUACCGUUUUGGUUACCAAAACAACUCAAUCUCGUCCCCAGGUCUUCUCGGUUAAAUGUUCAGUUUUCUGGCAAGUAUGCUGCACAGUUUACGUCAUUUUUCACAUAUCGAAAAAUUCUUCCAAAUUUGGUGCACAGUAGCUGGUUAUGAUGAAUUAUGCCUGGGAUUUUAGCCAAUCAGAAAUGAAGAAAUGUUUUGAAUGAAUAAUAACAAAAAUUAUUGGAACACAACAGUCGACAUUACCCAUUACCUGAUCCACGUUGCUAAGGAGUAGCUAACUAGGGUUAGUUAUCAACCCUUGUUCAUUAUAACUGCAAAAAAAAAAUUUUCUAGCCCUGUCAGAGAAAACAGGGGUCUUUUUUGCAUGAGCAUGUGCGACCGCUGAACAAGCGAUGUGCAUGGAGGCUCACCACAGGGUUUGCCUUCAUCAAAAUGGCGCGUCUCAAAGCUAUCAUAGCGAUUAUUUUGCUCGCUGGUCUUGGCGAAUGUGCUCGUGAUUUAACAAUAUGUGUAGUUUGCAAAAAAAAACUCUAACAUGGUCUUAACAAAAGCGAAGUAGACCGGCUUUAACAUACACGAGCUACUAUCAAAUUUCAUCUCCCCACUGGACCUGGACAACAGCGCGCGUACAUGUAGUGCCUGGAGGAUUGCGCUGCCCUCAUCAAAGUCUAAACAAAGUGCAGAAACGUUUGUUGAUGCAAGUAAACACUUUCAAUUUUCUUUGUUUUGAAAUCGGAAAGGAAGAGAAAUAUUAAAAAAAAAAAACGUAGCAAAUUUCAGCGAGUGGGUUCGAAGUGCGCGAAAGCCGAUGUUCCGUUCAGCAGAGAAUUAAUAUAUGUUCUACAAUUUUCCCAGCACUUUAAAGCUACAAAAUUAAGAGCACACGAGACGUAUAUUAGUCACCUGGUGAGAUGUUGGUGGUAGUCACUCUGUAUGUCUCGAACAAUAAAAAAAAUGAAUAUCAAUGAGACACAGUCAAAACUGCAUUCAAUAGGACCGACAUUUAAGUCCAAUCUUGUGGCCGAUUUUGAUGAAACAAACGGUUAGGUUUCCCAAGAAGUAAAGUAAACAUGUGAUGCCGACCAAACGUUAAAAAUCAUUAGAACAUUUAAGUUCUGGCUAAAAGCAAAUUCCUGUAAAAGAUGCGUUACAAUGUUAGUCCACGCAAAAACAAGAGGUUCUACAAUUUUCCUAUAAACAAAGUUUGUAUCGCUAAAAUACUUAAGGCAAAAACGUUCUAUUCCAACUGAAAACGGCGUGGUAGUCGCCCUCUGAUCGUUAUUAAUCCACUCCCGAAAUAUGGCUAAAUCAGCUAUUAACAAAUAGUUGACAGAAAUCCUCUACGGCAUCGAGAAACUGGUUUACAUCCGAUUUAUAGACAAACACUAAAUAAAGAACAUUUUGCUCAGUAGCUACCCAUCAGCAAUGCAUUCUAUGCCAAACUUUGCGGUUCUUAAAGGGGAAUCAAGACACGAGUCGAGCGCCAAACAACAACAAGCAGCUAUGUUCGUGUCAGACAUCCUUACUCUUUUACCUCGUUCAGCGCAUCAGUCUCCACUUUAAAUCAACAGAUCUUUACUUAUUUUGUACAACGAAGGUCUUUCCUAAGUUCCAGCUACCAUUUCAAUCUCAAGCAAGCUUUCAAAGUGAACAAUUUGGUUCCUAUGACUAUGCACCACGGACGCUGUCACUGGUCGCGUGCUCUUUGACAAGUCAGCGGUCGCGCAUGCUCAUGCAAAAAAGACCCCUGUUGUCAGAGAACAGGUACGGUGUAGAUGUCCGAUAUUUCAACCACUGUGAAUGAACCAAUUAUGUUGACGAAAACACUAGGUCUUCUGUCAGUACAUAGUGGUGCAGAUAUAUGCAAUAUAUGUGGUCUGGAAAUCGUCCAGUACUUUUCACCUCUCAAGACUUGCGAAAUAACUUUUAAUAAAAUAUCUUUUUUUAUGAAAAGACUCGUUGGCAACUGUUUCAUCUACGAAGUCAAGUUUCAAGAUGUAAACUUUCCCCGAGAUGGACCUGUUAUGCAGAAGAAGACAAAAGGCUGGGAACCGUCCACUGAGAGAUUGUAUGAGUGGGAAGGGUGUCAGAGAGGAGAUGUUGACAUGGCCUUGAAGUUGGAGGACGGUGGCCAUUAUACGGUCAACUUCAAAACUACUUACAAGUAAGUUAUUUACCCCUGCGCCUUCACAACUGCAAUAUAAGCAAAGCGAGACAUUUUUAAAAUUUACUUUUGUCUUAACCCUUUAAGUCCCAGUGGUGACCAACAUCAAUUUCCUCCUAAUGAUAUCCAUAAUUUGUCAAGAUUCUCUCAACACAUUCUUUAUGGAAAUGUAUAGAGGUUAGUUUGGAGAAUUUGUAUGUGGAUAUUGGGACUUAAAGGGUUAAACUGUAAAACAAAUAGCCACUACUACGCAAUAGUGCUUUUCGCCUUUCAUGAUAGCUUGUGAUUUUGCACAAUCGUGCUUCUCAUAUUCACGUGGUUUUUUCCGACUCAAACACGUAAAAAACUCAGAAUCAGCUCGUACAGCAUAAUAAACAAUAAGACCACAAGGGAAAAAUAAAUGUACAAAUGGUUGUUUUAAGUGGUCACUACAAAGCAUUUCUUCCACAGACCCAAACGUUAGAACCUCCUUGAACAAUGAAGCAGUUUAUAAACAGUACCACAAGAAAGUACUGCUUAGUAGCUUUCAGGUCUUAUCAUAAGAUUUUAUUCACAGACUCGAAAGCACGUUCAGUCAGAACGAACCAACUCUGGUACAACAUAAUAAAUAGUACCACAGGAAAGUACGUAUACCGGCCAAGAGGAUCCAAUUGAAUGAAGACAUGCACUUUUUAGGAUUUCGUCCAAGAACUUAGACGCACGUAGCCAUGUCGCAACGUUCCUCAGGGCUGUGCAUAAUGCACCCGCCCGAUAACGCCGUUCUAAUACUGAGAAGGGGAUUUACGGAGCAAGUUUAUAACUAAGAUUUAAAACAAGAAUAAGAAAUAGUAGAAGUAACUCCAUGCAAGUAGGCUACUCCUGAGCCAAGCUAGUUGAGAUUUUGCCAAUUUAUUAUCGCGAUAGCUUUUCAUAUUGCUCGUCCUAACCAGUAUCUGAGAGCAUGGAACAGGCUAAAAUUCUCAUUUAGGGCGUUUAAUAUAACAGUACGAGAUCAAAACGACCGUUCUGUAAAAAUUGAACAGUUUGGCCAAAACAAGGCUUAAACAUCCGAUUUCCUGAUAAUCAACACCAAACUACAAUUAAAACAAACGAACAAACAUGAAGAGAAAAAAGAGAUAACUGAUGGAAGAAGAAGCCGCGGAAAAACAUGGGCACCCAACGACAAUUUUUGGAAAAUAUCUGUUCGGAAGACGAUUUGAGAUCUAGAAUUUUCGGAACAUUUGUUGUAAAAUUUCUUGCUUGCCUGAUUCUCCUAGGAUUUGAGAACAUCUAAAAAUGGUAUAAUUGCUCAUUUUUAACGGCUUUUUUCCGUAAAAAAGUCACGUAGAAUUUUCGGGAGCCUUUUUUCUGCCUGAAAUUUUCGAAAAGGUAGACUUUCAGCGGGGAAAUCGGAACAGAUGAAAAAUUUUGGGGGGAUAAAAAUAUGCCUAUAUCUUCCGUUUAAAUACUAAAAUACGUUCAACAAUGCUAUGUUUAAGUGGUUUUGAACUAUAUUCUCGUUGGGUGCCCCUGGUAAAAGGAAAAAUAAUUGUUGUCUAAGUUUUUAUAAUGAUCCAUUCCCGAGACAAUUGCAAGACAAAGGGCAAUAACCGAAAAUGAACGUGGAAAGAGUAUUAAGGUAGACGUUUAUCAACGAGACAAAUUUUGUGGCUUGAUUUAUUUGCAUGGCAUUUUGAUCGAUUGUUAGUCAGCGUCUAUUUUCAACCUAACAUUAAUUGUUUGUUUGUUUUUUGCAGAUCAAAGAAGAAGGACUUGAAGGUGCCACCGUAUCACUUCGUUGACCACAAACUAGAGCUACUGAGCCACAACAUCGUUGGCACCAAAGAAGACUUUGAGCAAAAAGAAACUGCUCAUGCACAUCUUUCUAGCCUCAACUCCCUUAAUCAGUAA